UAAUUUUAUUUGUAUUUUGUAGAGCAUUUUUGGAAGUUUUAAAAAUAUGCUCAGUGGUAAAUCAAAUUUACCACCACGUAGUGCAUCAACUGAAGUUGAGCCAACAGGGAUAGCUCCAUUAACAAAUGAAAUACGUAGAAGUACAUUGAGUGAAACCUUAACACAAGCAAAUUCUAAUAUUAGCUCUAUGGAUCAACAUCCUGGUUUAAGAAUAAGGGGUUUAGUAGAUAAUGAAUCAACUUCACCAACUGAUGUCCAAUCCCAUUUGGAUAACAAUUUGGAUGAAAUUCUUGGAUCAGUAACUCGAUUAAAAGAUUUAGCAUUGGGACUUGGUGGAGAAAUUGAUUCUCAAAAUGAUUUAGUUGAAAACAUACUAAGUAAAGCAGACAAAGCAGAUAUAAAUAUGGAACGCCAAAACAAAGAGAUAAAUCGUAUUUUGAAAAAAUAACCAACAAUAUCGAGCAACAUUCCUAUCACAUUAGAUAUAUUUGUAGCAUAAGACUCCUAUUAAAAUUACUUAUAAUUCCAUAUCUUAUUUAUAAAUUUAUAAUGAACCUUACUUCUCUAUUUAUGUUUAUAUUACCUGUUUUUUAUGUUAGAUAUGAAGUAUUACUGUGUUAGAAUCAUUGAAGUAUGAAAUUAUAUGAAAUUAUAAUAUUUGUCAAUUCCAUAAAUGAAGAAA